AUGAAAUUUCCCCUACUUCUGGCUCUUCUAUUUGGGAUGGUUUCAGCUUUUCAUCUGAGGACUGAAAUGGCCAACACUGAGAGCCCCUUGGGAGCUGACACCCUGCCUCAGGUUGGCGUGAUUCAGAAAGUGGAGGAGCAGGUGCUGCUAGAGAAAGAGGAAAAGGGGGGCUGUGAAAGUGAAGAUGCCCCCAGGGAAGAGGGGGCUGUUGAGUCCAUCUCCACCUUGCAUGAGGUGGACAAGGAGAACCUUCAGUGUCCUAAGGAUGAGGACACAGUAAAACUGGAGGGCAUCCCUGGAUGCAAGACCUGCCGCUUCCUCCUGGUGAGGAGCCUCACGACUUUCAUUCAUGCUCAGUAUACUUGCCAGGUGUGCUACCGGGGCAGAUUCAUCUCCAUCCACAACUUUGGCCUGAAUUACCAGAUCCCGUGCUUAGUCAGAGGGAUCAACCAGGGCCAAGUCUGGAUCAGAGGCCAGGUCACCGGCUGGCUAAGAGGGGUCCCAGCUCUCGGUGGGGAGUGCCUCCUGAUCCCAGCCCGUGCUCAACCUGCUACAGAUUUGUCUGUGUUUCUCCUCUACAAUCCCCUGAAGAAUUGGGGACAGAUGGACACCUGGGCAAGACACCAAGGGGGCUGCCUCAGCAUCGGGAACAGCCAAGCAUUUAGAACCAGGAUGUUUGGGUACAAGUUCCGCUCAGUCCGUGGCUGUCUAUGUGACUCGGACAAGACCAUGAUGCAGGGUCACUGCACAUGCUUUCACUGGCUUGACCACACUCCCUGGAAUUUUGCCUACUGGGCUGCCAGCCAGCCCUGGUGCAGAGCUGGUGGAUGUGUGACUCUGUGCACUCGAGGAGGCCACUGGCGUUGAGCUCACUGGGGCCUGAGCCUCCCGUUCGUCUGUUCCUACUGA